CACAGCGAGACUACACCCGGCCCCUGCCAUGGAGGGGGGCCAGGGGCCCAGACUCAGAGACUUCCUGAGCCGGAGCCUGGCCACCUGGGCGCUGGGACUGGCUGGAUUGGUGGGGGAGGUGGAGGAGCCAACAGGGAGCAGGGAAGAGGAGGAGGAAGAAGAGAGACCCCUGUCCGAGGAGAAGAGGUUCCUGCGGCUCAGCGAUGGGGCCCUGCUCCUUCGGGUGCUGGACCUCGUCGUCCCCGGUUCCCGAGGGGGACCUCGGAUAGUCAGGGGCCAUGAUGGCCCAGUAGCCUGGCGGGUCUGUAACCUGAAGCACCUGUGGGGCCGGCUGAGAGACUUCUACCAGGAGGAGCUGCAGCUGUUGAUCCUGUCGUCACCCCCCGAUUUCCAGACGUUGGGGUUUGAUCCCCUCUCAGAGGAGGCCAUGGAAGAGCUGGAAGGCAUUCUUCGGCUGCUGUUGGGGGCAUCGGUGCAGUGUGAGCACCGGGAACUCUUCAUCCGUCACAUCCAGGGUCUCAGCCUCGAGGUGCAGAGCGAGCUGGCUUCCACCAUCCAGGAGGUGACCCAGCCCGGGGCAGGUGUGGUUCUGUCACUGGCUGGACCCGACCCUGGGGAGCUGGAGGCCUCAGAGCUGGAGACGAUGUUCCGGAGCCUCACGGGGACACUGUCCAGGCUGGUCCGGGAGCGUGACCUGGGGGCCCAGCGGCUGGCGGAACUGCUGCUGGAGCAGGAGCAGCCCCCCUUGCCGGCCGAGGCCCCCGUGAGGGCUCCCGGGGGGGACGGUGCCUCGCACCACCUGGCGCUGCAGCUGGCCAAUGCCAAGGCCCAGGUGCGGCGCCUGCGGCAGGAGCUGGAAGAGAAGGCGGAGCUGCUGCUGGACUCGCAGGCGGAGGUGCAGGGCUUGGAGGCGGAAAUUCGAAAGCUCCGCCAGGAGGCCCAGGCGCUGUCGGGACCGGCCAAGCGUGCCGAGCUGUACCGCGAGGAGGCAGAGGCGCUGCGGGAGCGGGCGGGACGCCUGCCCCGCCUGCAGGAGGAGCUGCGGCGCUGUCGCGAGCGGCUGCAGGAGGCCGAGGCCUGCCGGGGCCGGCUGGAGGAGGAGCGGGCGCUCUCAGGGGCCUUGGAGGCCUCCAAAGCGCUUCUGGAGGAGCAGCUGGAGGCCGCCCGGGAGCGCUCCGCGCGGCUCCACGAGACCCAGCGCGAGAACCUGCUGCUGCGCACCCGGCUGGGCGAGGCCCACGCGGAGCUGGGCUCUCUCAGGCAUCAGGUGGACCAGCUGGUGGAGGAGAACGUGGAACUGGAGCUGGAGCUUCGGAGGAGCCUGGAGCCACCUCCUGGCUCCCCUGUGGAGGCACCCCUGCCUGGAGUUGGACCCUCCCUGCAGGAUGAGGUGAGGGAAGCAGAGGCUGGGCGGCUGCGGAUGGUGGAAAGGGAGAACCAGGAGCUUCGAAGCCUGCUGCAGGUGCUGAAGAGGCAGCCCCAGAGCCAGUGCCCCCUGCUGGAGGAGCAGAGUGAAGACUCAGUGCUUCCUGUGCUCCAAAUGGCUCCCAGGCUUCCCCAGGCCUUGGGCCCUGGCACAAAGGGCUUGGUUUGCCAGGCUGGCAGUGAAGGCACCCAGGUCCUGGACAUGGCUCACUCCACAUCAGAUUCAGCUCUUAAGGGGUCAUCUGAGUGUCCCCAGGCAUUUGAUGCAGACCAGGAGGUGACAGAGAGGCCCGUCCAAGAGAUCCCCCUGGCUGUCCAGACCUCAGAUGUCACUCCCCAAAAGUCAGAAUCUACUGGGGAGACACAGGAGUCCUUGGAGAAGGCGGAUGUCAGAGCCUCACCCCAGAGCCCCACUUUUGUGGCCUCACCUCGAGGUACAGCGAUCAUAAUUGAGGUGCAGCAGGUGCUAGGAGAGACUGGGGACAGAGAGGCCCCCCAGGGGGAAUCGGUGCCCAAUACCCAGGUCCUGAGACAAGAGGGCCCUGAACACAAGCCUGGAUCGUCAGAGCUCAGCCUUCAGGUAUUGCUGGAGGAGCAGACACUGGACCCAUCCAAGUGCCAGGCAGCGGCCAGAGGCCUCGAACAGAGGUUGGAGGGGAUGGCUGGGGAAACAGCACCUCAAAAGCCACAGCUGAAGUUGGAAGGGGCCCUGGAUGCCCAGGCCUGGGAGGGGCCGCCCCCGGGGGAGACCCUGGCUGAUGGUGUCCCCGAGCUGGAGGCCCUCAGGGAGGAGGUGAUGAAGCUGAGGAGACAAGUUUCAGUCCUUGGAGCUGAAUUGGAAGCCCAAGCCCGAAGGCUGGAGGCCCGAGGCAUGGAGGCUGAGCGUCUCUCUGAGGAGCUGGCUCAAGCACAGAGGGCGGAAGCCGAGGCCCACCAGGAGGCAGAGGCCCAGGCCCAGGAGCAGGCCCGGCUUCGGGAGGCAGUGGAGGCAGCUGGCCGGGAGCUGGAGGCUGUGUCUCGUGAGCGUGAGGCCCUGGCAGAGGCCCUGGCAGCAGCAGGCCGAGAGCGGAGGCAGUGGGAGCGGGAGGGGUCCAGGCUGCGGGCCCAAGUAGAGGCCUCGGAGCAGAGGAUGCAGGCGUUGGAGAUGGAGUGCCAAGGCCACCUGGAGGAGGCUGAAAGGGAGCGUCAGGAGAAGCAGGCCCUUAAAGAGGAACUGGAGAAGGCCGUGGUGCGGGGCCAGGAGCUGGGGGCCCGGCUGGAGCAUCUGCAGCGGGAGCUGGAACAGGCAGCCUUGGAGCGCCAGGAGUUUCUUCGAGAACAGGAGUGCCAGAACCAGAGAUACAGAGGCCUGGAGCGGCAGCUGGAAGCCGAGCUGCAUGCCGCAGCAACCAGCAAGGAGGAAGCACUGAUGGACCUGAAGGCCCGGGCCCUGCAGCUGGAAGAAGAGCUGCACCAGCUUCGUCAGGGCCCUGCAGGACGGGGGCCUGAGGAGCACCUCGAGAAGAAGACUUCUGUGCGGCUGGUGGAGGUGGAGCGCAGUAACGCGACCCUGGUGGCCGAGAAGGCCGCUCUGCAGGGGCAGCUGCAGCUCCUGGAGGGGCAGCUGGGGAGCCUUCAGGGCCGGGCGCAGGAGCUGCUGCUCCAGAGUCAGCGGGCCCACGAGUUCAGCAACCGCCUGCAGGCUGAGAAGUCGAUGAUGGAGAUACAGGGCCAGGAGCUGCACCGGAAGCUGGGGGUGCUGGAGGAGGAGGUGCGGGCUGCACGGCAAGCCCACGAGGAAACCCGAGGGCAGCAGCAGUCUCUGCUGCGGGACCACGAGGCCCUGGUCCAGCUGCAGCGGCGGCAAGAGACCGAGCUGGAGGGGUUGCUGGUGCGGCACCGAGACCUCAAGGCCAAUAUGCGUGCCCUGGAGCUGGCUCACCGGGAGCUGCAGGGCCGACACGAGCAGCUGCAAGCCCAGCGGGCCAACGUGGAGGCACAGGAGAUGGCUCUACUGGCAGAGCGGGAACGGCUGAUGCAGGAUGGGCAUCGGCAGCGGGGCCUGGAGGAGGAGCUGCGGAGGCUGCAGAGCGAACACGACAGAGCUCAGAUGCUGCUGGCAGAGUUGUCUCGAGAGCGAGGGGAGCUGCAGGGAGAACGUGGGGAGCUGCGGGGCCGCCUGGCCCGGCUGGAGCUGGAGCGGUCCCAGCUGGAGAUGCAGAGCCAGAAGCUGCGUGAUUCCAACCAGCAGCUGGACCUGAGCGCCUGCCGCCUGACCACACAGUGCGAGCUGCUGACCCAGCUGCGGAGCGCACAGGAAGAGGAGAAUCGGCAGCUGCUGGCUGAGGUGCAGGCCCUGAGCCGGGAGAACAGGGAGCUGUUGGAGCGCAGCCUGGAGAGCAGGGACAACCUCCACCGUGAGCAGCGCCAGUACCUGGAUCAGCUUAAUGCCCUUCGCCGGGAGAAACAGAAGUUGGUAGAAAAGAUCAUGGACCAAUAUCGUGUACUGGAGCCUGGGCCUCUGCCCCGCACCAAGAAGGGCAGCUGGCUGGCAGACAAGGGUCCCCGUCUCCAGCCCCCAUGCGCCGGGCCCAGAGCUCCCUUUGCCUGCGAGAGGAGACGCUGGCAGGCAGGCAGCGGAGGAAACUCAGCUCCCGCUUCCCUGUGGGGAGAAACUCAGAGUCAUUCAGCCCAGGGGACACCCCGCGCCAGCGGUUCCGACAGAGAAGGCCAGGCCCCCUGGGGGCGCCCAGUGCCCAUGGCAAAGGCUCUGGUGUGGAAUGGGACGGCUCCAUUGAGACCCUCCCGGAACAAGAAGCAGAUGGAAACCGAGAAGGCCAUGAAGACCUGGAGAAACGUCCCCUCACCCCUUCCCUCAGCCAGUGACACUAUGGGGACAAGACCCUUGGGAGUCCAACCCUCUUGCCAGCGGAGCACCUAUUACAGCCGCAGGCAGCUCAAGUGCUUGGGGAGCCCUGGUGCCCAAAGGGAGAGCUUGGACAAAGAGGACUGGACCUUCAGGUCCUCCACCACCCACACGGGGGCUCUGGAAUGGAGCUGGGACAAGCCUGUGGACAGGGGGGAUGGCUGGUCCCCAUGUGUGGCCCCUGGCCGGGCCUCAGGGCCUGCCAUACGGCCAUCACUGAGACGACGGUCUCUGGGGGAUACCCCAGUUUCAGGAGGCUGGCAAGAAUGGGCAAGAGAGCCCCCUCCACGGUGCAGACGCACCAGGGCCCACUCCCUGGGGACUGUGGCCUGGGCUGAUGCCUGAGCCUUAGCUGGGAUGUGAGACAGGAGAAUAAAGCUGGGAUGCAACC